CUGUACUACACACAGUACAGUCACAGUCUGAGAGAGUCUACAGUCGGUGCUGCGCCUCUGUCCCGGGUACACUGUCAAGGACUGCUCUCUAGAGGUGUCGAACAAGGUCAAAGGUAGCCAUGAAGCCAGCCGUGUGGCGAGCUUCUGCCACGUUCAUCAUCAUCAUCUAUCUCUACGUUCUGGCUGUGCAGGAGAUCCUAGGAGCCGAGGUGGUACAGGGAACACAUGUAGUGGUAGCCAGUAAUCAAGACACGAGUCAACAUGUAGUUUCGUCGACAAUCCACCACGGCCAAGAUGAUUAUGUCCGAACUCACCACAAGUUGGAUGACAAACAAGACGAAGCUCCUCUACAGUAUGUUAGAGGAACUGCCUUUGAGGCAUCUGUGGAUGAUCCUGAUGUACCAGCCACGAGGGCUGUUGGAAGUUCAGGUUAUCGUCCUGGCUACAGCGUUGACCCAAGCUAUCAGAACCAGAACAUCCACUAUAGCAAUGCACACAGCACUGGCACAGCACUCUUUGAUGAUGGCUAUGGACUCGAGUUCAAAUAUCACAAUUAUGACCAGAUGACUAAGUUUCUUAGAACUACUUCCUCUCGCUAUCCUAACCUCACAGCUCUCUACUCUAUUGGGAAGUCUGUUCAAGGAAGAGACUUAUGGGUGAUGGUAGUUUCUGCCUCCCCAUAUGAGCACAUGAUUGGGAAGCCUGAUGUCAAGUAUGUAGCUAACAUGCAUGGCAACGAAGCAGUGGGAAGGGAGCUCAUGCUUCACUUGAUACAGUAUUUGGUAAACAGCUACAACACUGACAACUACAUUAAAUGGCUACUAGACAACACUCGAAUCCACAUCUUACCUUCCAUGAAUCCUGAUGGAUUUGAAGUUGCUCGAGAGGGGCAGUGUGAUGGAGGCCAGGGACGCUACAAUGCUCGUGGCUUUGACCUCAACAGGAACUUCCCAGACUAUUUCAAACAGAACAACAAGCGUGGGCAGCCAGAAACUGAUGCUGUUAAGGAAUGGACCUCCAAGAUACAGUUUGUACUAUCAGGAGGUCUGCAUGGCGGAGCCCUCGUAGCGAGCUACCCCUUCGAUAACACACCCAACUCCAGAAUAUGCAGAUCUUCACCAUUAUGUUCAGUGUUUCAAAGCUACGCCUCCACACCUUCUGUUACUCCUGACGACGAUGUUUUCCGCCACCUCGCACUCACAUACUCUCGCAACCAUCCCACAAUGCACCUUGGUCAGGCCUGUAAGCAAGGCAUGCCAUCAUUCAAGAAUGGAAUCACCAAUGGUGCUGCUUGGUACCCACUUACAGGGGGUAUGCAGGAUUUCAACUAUGUCUGGUAUGGCUGCAUGGAGGUGACGUUGGAGCUGUCCUGUUGCAAAUACCCUCCACCCAGUGAACUGCCCAAGUUCUGGGAGGAAAACAAACUGUCGCUGGUGAAGUUCUUAGCUGAAGCUCAUAGAGGUGUUCAUGGUUUUGUCAUGGACGAAAAUGGAAACCCAAUAGAGAAAGCUUCACUCAAAGUAAAAGGAAGGGAUGUUGGCUUCCAGACUACAAAAUAUGGAGAAUUCUGGAGAAUACUAUUACCAGGCGUCUAUAAACUUGAGGUGUACGCAGAUGGUUUUGCACCUCGUGAGAUGGACUUGAUGGUCGUCGGAGAACACCCGACACUACUCAACGUGACGUUGUUUCCGUCCAAGAGGCAAGAAAACUUCUACCGGCCACCACAGCACUUCUAUCAUCACCAUCCGCCUCCUCUCGCACCCAAACCUGCAUCUGACAAUGGCAUUUUUGGUUCCAUUACUUCAGGGUUUAACAGUCUUGUGUCGAACCUUUUUGGCUGAACAGAUAAAUACGAGAAUAAAAUAUGAAUCAAAUUGUCUAUAACCACAAAACCUACCAGAACCAAUGUAAAUAAAAAAGCUUUACUCAAUCUAGUUUUAAGAUUGACCUAAUAUUACUGAAAUGUAAAAUGAUAUAGCUUUGGAAAAAUUGAAACAAAGGAACAUAAAAAAGCGUAUUGCUUUUCUUGCAGUUUCACCCAAUAACCAUUAUUUAUUUACAAGAUCUCAACAAUUGUAUUUUAAUUUAAAAUUGUUUUAUUAACUUUUAACCCUUUGUCAUUUUUACAGCAAGUUGUUUAUGAUCACAGUGUAAAUUCCUGUAUUGUUUAUAUAUUAAAAUCUCAAUGAUUUUAUGUGGUGUUUUGUUUACAAUACAUGACAUCUUGUGUUAAUUUAUUACUUUAUUAUUUAUUUAACAAAAUGUACCUAGUUAAUUAGAUUUGCACAAAUGUAUGAAAGACUGCUAUGUAUAUAAAGUAUGGCGAUGAUUUUAAAUGUCUUUCAGGUUUUAUUAUUUAAUUACUUAUGUUGUAAUUUUGAGAUGGAAUGAAUCCAGUAUGAAUGAUGUCUAGGUUAUUUUAUUAAGUAAAGUUAUUUUUUUCUAAAUGUAUGUCAUAAAAUGUUUAUAUUUUU